UGAAAGCCCGACCUCAUGUUCAUGCAUGUGUUCAUUUGUUUCUUGUUUGCUUCUGGUGCCAUGCCACCUUGAACUUGCAUCGCUUACUGAACAAACCAAUUCUCAUUUAUCUAUGAAUGUAAAUUUAUUUACCUUCGAUUAUGCCUCGUUCAAGAAACGUAAAAUCUCUGAAGGAAAUAUGUACAUUGUUUGUCCGAAGCUCAUUGACAAAUAGGUUCAACGAAUUGAUUGAUGACACUACUGCAAAAAAUGCCAUAAACUUGUUGGCAAAAGGAGAAGAUGACGAACUUAACCAAAGUUUCAUACCUUUUUUGGAUUUAUUACCUUUUACACUUUUGUUGAAACUUCCCCUGCAUCACAUCAGACCACUACGCCAAGGAAAUAGGAUACUGUGGUGUUAUCUUAGAAUGUUGAUAAAAAGGGAUAGCGCAAGCAUUUAUAUGGAAACAAAACAAAUAGUUUGUGGAUUCCUUGACAUUGCCUCGAAAAGAUUUCCAAAAUUGAAAUCUUUGAGAAUAGCUGAAGUGAAAGAAGACAUCAACUUGCAUGUUUCGUCAAACAUUCACAGAUUUCAGUAUUUACAAAAAUUAUGCUUUUGGCAUUCUGAUAUAGGAGACAGCUGUUUGAUCCACAUUGGAAUUUUUCUUAAAGAUUUGAGGGACCUGGAUGUUGGAGGCUGCCUAAAGGUUACAGAUGCUGGAAUAGCAGGGUUGUGUGUCAGUGUUGUUAAUUCCGGACCGGAAAGUGAACUGUUGGGCAAAUGCAAGUCAAUAAGAAGGUUAAAGGUCCAUGGAUCAUCCGUUUCUCGGGAAGGCGUCAAACUCGCCCUUAGAAAUUUGCCAGCGCUUCAAGAGUUAGAUGUACUCACUGUUCAUCACUUGGCAGAGAUGCAUCAAGCAGACUUUAUGAGCCAAAAAUUGCUGGACAAGCCUAAAUAUUCCCUGACUGUUUUGGAUAUUCCUCCUCGUUAUGGCUCCUACCUCUACUUGGCUGGCAGCCUAGAGUUGAUUGCUUUUCUGUGCCCUGCACUUACUAGGGUGAAUGUUGGGUCAAUUGGAUUAAAAGAAGAACGUGACCUCUUAAGCUUAUCGACCCUGGAAAGACUCACCGAACUCAAAAUCGUCUGUACGGUAUCCGACAUCCUCACUUUUUCUGGCGGUUUAGUUCCUCUUUUAAGUGUUAAAGGUAAUUCGUUGACGUCACUGGAACUUUUGAAUCUGCGCCCAAUCCCAAGGUUUUCCACGAACAUAUCCAUUCUUAUCCAACUUUGUCCUAACCUUACCUGUCUUAAACUCUGGCGGAAUUCUUACACGACAACCAGAUGGAUGGAAGAAAGGAUGGGAACGAUUCAACGAAAACGGAUCAAGUUGAAAAAUUUCAAGUUUAAGAAACUGAAGAAGCUUACAUUAUGUGGUGAAAUUCUAUCCACAGACUGGAUAUGCCUGCUUUCCUCUCCCUCACUUACGGAUAUUGAAAUUCGGAGUUGUGAUGCACUCACAGACCAUGUCCUUCAAGAGGCAGUCCAAUCAAACGAAUUCAACCAUCUUAAGAAACUAGACUUGUUUGACUGUAAUUUUGUGACUGAGAAAGGUAUCGAAUUGUUCAUGACAGAAAGCAACCCUCUCAAGGAAAUCAAUUUGAACUGCUGUAAAAAGCUAACCAAAAAGGAUGUUGAAAAUUGGCAAAACAAAUCCGUCGAAAAGAAUUGGGAAUUAUCUGUCCUGUUUUUGCCUUGUGAGUCGGAUGAAGAAGAUGGAGAAGAAGAAGGAGUCCAAGAAGAAAGUGAAGAAGAAGGCGAAGGAGAAAUUGAGGUCUGAGAGCAAGAAAAAAAGUUACAAUAAGAACGCAAAAGUGAAGAUGAAAUAACAAUUGAAUAAUAUUAGAGUAAUAAGUUUGAAAAAAUUGUCGAUGCAUUUUCUAUUCCAUGUUUUGUUUAUAAAACCCACCUCUGUAAUUCUAAUGUUCGUUCGUCAAGCAAAAUGUAAAAAAAUUUCCAAUAAAACGGCAGACCGAAGCGCCAACUACUUCAAUA